AUGGCAAAUUGGCUUAAAGAGAUCUUAAAUAUUGCUGGGCGCAGUGGCCCGAAGCUCGAUGGUAAAGGCUUUUUGAAGUCUUUAGGUACCGAGUUAUUAGCUCAAGAAGAUGGAGUAUUAAAUACUCACGGAAAGAAGACUGGCAAUCUUCGAAAAUUAGAAUACCGUACGAAGCCUUCAAGACAUCGAAAUUCCAAGGACUGUAGAAGGGUUCUCAAAAGUAAUAAUGGAUGUGAAAAUCGUUUUAUCCUAGAAAGCCAGGACCAGAAAAAACACUGA